AUGAAGACACAGUUGUUGAUAGCAAUAGGGUUCAUUAAAUGUUGGGCCAUUCAUACACAAGCGAAAUAUGCCCCCGCCCCCGGAAAUCAGCAAUUCUGGGGUGCUUAGGAGGCACCCCAUCUGGUGCUUAGGAAGCACCCCAUCUGCCCCUUUGAUACCGCGGGAGCCCGAACUUCGAGCCCUAGGGGCAAGAAGGUAGGCUCCUGGUCCCGGCCAGGCGGGCAAAUAGCCUUGCUUGACUAGCGGAAACAAAAUCUCCUGGCCCGUUCCAUUUGUUACCUCUCGACCAAGGGCAAAAAUAUAACGCACGGCGCUGCGAUGCACAAAAACGCAGUAAGCUGCGCGGCCUCAAGCUCAUGGGAUGAUGGCCAUCUGCUCAGGGAGCAAAGACGAUCCAUGCCGGCGAUGAGCCAACCUCACACCCUGAGCGCCGUGGUAUCGUAGGCAUGCGAGCGCUCCACUUGUGACAUUUUGCAGCACGCAUGUGGGGUUUUUGCAUGCAGGCGCCAAAAGGUGAGCGCUGCACUCGCCAGAUGCGGCAAGUCCGCCGAUCCGGGUGUCACAUAAACGCCCGGUCUGCCGGGAUCUGGCGCUGCAAAAGCUCGCGGCUUUUCUAAAAGGAAUCCGCAUGCUACAGGCCCGAUUCGACAGCCGCAAAGUCGGCUCCUUUUGCGCCGCCGGAUUCCGGCAGAUCGGGUGGCUAUGUAACACCCGGAUCGCCCGCAUUCGCCGAUCCAUAAUUGGACUCGCCCGUCGAGCUUUUCCCAGAUUUCGUUUCUGUGCAUGACCGCGCCAAAAGCUAAAAGCUUGCUCGAGAGCCAGCUUCGAACUAGGAUUUAAUUACUUGCCGAAGACAGGCAUAAUAAGUAUAAAGAAGAGCAGUAGAAGUGCUAGACUCGGAAUCGCAACGCUCUAGCUAAGUAAUAAAAUACAGGCCCCAUAGUCACCAUGGUCCGAUCGAGGUGGUUUGGGUGUGUGUCUAUGGCGAUGGAACCUUCGGCCUGGGGCAGUAGAGAUGCCCCGCUCCUCUUUUUCAUUGAGCGCAGGCUGACUCUUCAGCCACGCGUGAGAUGUUGACUCUAAUAAAGCGCGCGGCUCUAGUGCGACGCGCUUAAGCACCAGAUGGGGUGCUUCCUAAGCACCAGAUGGGGUGCCUCCUAAGCACCCCAGAAUUGCUGAUUUCCGGGGGCGGGGGCAUAUUUCGCUUGUGUAAUUCAGGGUGAAGCUGAAGGUCCAGACAAUAAUUUUGAUGGUGGUUCUCCAUAAUCGAUCCUUUCCAGGCUCUAGCAGAUGCAGAUUAAUAUCGAUUGAGACAGGAAAAAAAAAGUGUAGUAAGUGAAAAGGUAUAAAUUUCAAUGCACGACGAGUAUGAGGACUUAGACGGAAAAGUGAUGUCAUGAAACCUCUAAAUCCACAAACCAGUCCCAGUCAAACCAAUGAUGUAUGAUGGACGAAAUGAAAAACAUCACAACAAACACUUUCGGCUAUUCUCACAGUGUGUAAAAUGCUGGCACGACAAGCAGACUGAAACUGCUGCCUCCUGUGCGCCUAUACCGAAUAGAAAUUCCUAGUUACCAGAGUAUCGAGGCGACUAGAAAAAAAAACAAAGUUGUCAAUCAUGUGAGCUUCUGUAUGCGAACUACUGAAGGAGGUUAAAAACGGGUAACAGGGGAACUCGUGUGCGAUUUCCAUCGAAUGUUCACAGAUAGCAGAACCGCAUAUAUGCUCUUGAUUCUCACUCUACUUGUGCAGUUGCAGUGUGUGGAAGAGUAUCUGAAUCUUCUGUACGUUGAAGUUCAAGUACAUGCUUCAAAUCCGGUGCAGUAUUGUAGCAGUGGUG